AUGGUGGUGGUGGUCCCGACCGCCUCGAAGGACUGGUCACUGAACAAAGACGAGGCCUCUGGGCGGUUGUUCUGGUGGAACGACAGCUACAGCAUUAGCAUCUGGGACAGCAACCUCAACUUGGGCCAACCUCGGCAGGAGUUGACAGAUUUGCUUGUGUGGCAAGCUUUUCUUCGAUUUCAGCUUGCUUCCGUGUACAAGGUCUGUUUUGUCUGUCACCAACCGGAGGGAAAUGAGGACUUGAAGCUUUGCUGCUUCUGCGGACUAACAGUGCAUCACCAGUGCUCCACAAAAGCAGCAGCCGAACAAAUUGCUUGGAAACCGGCCAAUUUUGGCUUUGAGACCCACUUGCGGGCGUGCUUUAGCUGCGAGAACAUUUCUGUUCCUGCCAAAAUUAGGGCCAAAGUGGAGCCAAGCAAUUCACGCCGCGUGGCCAGUCGGGCCUUGUCGAUUGAGGAUGAAUAUCCCACGCACAUUCGCCAGGAGAUUCGGCGCCUCGCGAAGAAGGCAGAGCAGCCGCAUUCCAAGGACGAGGAUGUGGCCCUUGUGGCAUCCCUGCGGCAGGUUCUCACUUCAUUCUACCAGUCAGAGGCAACGUGUCGCUUUCUAAGGCGGGAGAAGCGGCCGGAGAAGGGGGGUGGUAUUGGUGUCGUGGCUGCCGAGGAUAUUCCUGCAUUUACGAUUGUGGGCCUCUAUCCUGGCUACCUUGAUGUGCUGAGCGGCGAGCACAUAAAGUCUGGUCGCCCGGCCACUAAAUACGCGUUGAUGGAUCUUAACUGUGCGGAUUAUGAUAAUGUCGUUUUUGAGGAGUUUCAGGGGACAUUCACGCCAUUUAUAAACGAGCCAUGCGAGUUUGAGGAGAGUAACUGCGGGUGGAUACAGGAGGACAAGCAUCGCGAGGGGCGCCUUAGCAUUAUGACCGCGAGGAACAUUAAAGAGGGAGAGGAACUAGUCAUCGGCUAUGGGCCGACAUACCCAAGAUCGUAUCCCUACCGCUACGAUGCUUUGACAUUUCACAAGACGGAGACGGAGUUUCACACAACUUGCUUUGCGCUCUUGCGCUGGACGUCGACAGACGAAAGUGACGCCAGCCUGGUGUGCUACGUGGGCUACGACGAGGGCAGGGAUGCCUACUUUUUGUGGGAAUAG